AUGUGCAAUUGUAUAAGUGAACCACCUAUUUUUGAUCUACCUCCACCUCCAGAUCCAUCACUUAUUUGGCAUCUUAUCUCAAAUGAACCCUAUGAACAGGUUAGUUAUUUUUUAUCUAACAAAACAUUUCUACCUUACAAGAAAAAGAAAACGGGAUUUUUAUUCGAAGAAAUUGAAUUUAUGCGCCGCAGCGAAGCGCCAAAAUUUGCAUAAAAAAGGCGGAGAAGAAAAAAGAUAAAUGUUGAAAAGACACUUGAAAUGAAUUUCGACUUUUUCCCCGGGGGACCAUCCAAAAUAAUUCAUCAUACAUCUACGUAUAUAUAAAUUCAGCAGGGGUCUAUACAAAUAUCUGAAAAAAAUUUCACACCAUGGUGUGAAAAGGCUUUUUGUUAUCUCAAUGUAAACCAAUAAAUAUUAUUUGCCGAGAUUUUUUCAGAAGAAGAAAAACAAUCGCGCAGAUGUUAAAGGGCCCCCUAAUAAAUUAAAUAAGCUUUUAUGUUGAGAUGCUUCUCCAUUUUUUACAAGUGUGGUUUAUGAAUGAAAAAAAAGGGGGAAUAUAAUCUGAAGUGGAUAAUAUUGUUAUUAUAAAAAAAUAUAUGUUUUUUCUUUUCAGGCUGAACAAUGCUCUUCGAGUAGUUUUAUAACUAUUUCGGAUAUCGACUCAGGAUCGGGAUCUGAAACUGGAACAAGUUCAACAAGUUCUCCCGGAUUUCGCAGUGAAUAUUCUUCUUGCUAUCGCAACUUUAUCGAUUUUAUUGCUAUUCGUUGUUUGUAUUGCAGUUUUGGGAAGAAUUAGGAGGUUAGUUGAUGAAAAUACUACAUCAAAAUUAAUUAAGUAAAUAAGUAGCAAAAAUUAAUAUUCUUCCAACCACUUGAAAUCUCACUAAGUGCCUGUCUAAUUAUGUAACUUGAUUAUGUAACAUGUCGUGCUCACACGAAUAAACACUUGAGUAAAACUUAUUAACUAACAGCCAUAACAGCUUCCUCGCUGUUGGACAUCAUUUGAAAAUAAAGGUCAGAGGAUUGUAAAUCAUACCUUUUGGAAGAUUGUAAAAGUUUGGGGCUGCCUGGCGAUUGUCAAUUGUAAAUAUAAUAAUUAUUAUUGUAGGAGGAGAAAAGAAAAUGCGGAAAAUUCGAAAAAGAUGUCAAGUGAUUCGAUUUUGGUGGCUGGUGAACACUUGUGGACAUAUAAUUCAAUGAAACCGGUAAGCUAUUGGAAUUUUUAAAUAUAAAACUAGAAAAGGCGAAUGUGCUCUAUUGAGAAAACAUUUCUUCGAACAUUAAUUCAAAAAAAUGUUUCAGAAUGGUAUAUUGAUGUAUAGCAACAAUUCGAAUGCUGGAAGUCGAUUAUUCCACCACACUCCUACAACCCUACGAUCUUAUAUUGGUUCAAAUACAGCGAUCCCACAAGUCCCACCAAUCCGCCAUUCAGAAUCAACCACCCUUCGCUUAAACCCUCAUGAUAAUUCGAGUGCAUAUCAUACCGUAUCCCUGGCUCGAAAUAAUCUCCAAUCAGAUGUUUAUGAAGAGAUUGGACCAGCUCAAGUAAAUCAUUAUAUGACAGCCGGUCGGAAUCCAUCUUAUCAUCAAAACAUACAAACAAUUGGAAGAAUGUCAAUGCGAAGACCACCACCAACUUGUCGACCACCACAACCACCACAAACAAUCACAACAUCCCCAGUUUGUUCAGAAUUAGAUGAUUCUGGUGAUAAUGGUGGAAGAGAAAGUGGUUAUGGAACUGCGCCAAGUUGGAAAAGUCCAUCUGGAAGUGCAAGAAUCGACACAACACCAACACCAAAUCCUCAAACUAUGACUUAUGUUUAA